AUGGCCUCACUGCCGACUCGGGGCCCCGGGUUCCCUGACUUAUUUUCAGAGCUGCAGCCGGCGGCCUCAGCUCUGGCCAACCAGAGCGCAGAGGCCUCGGCGGGUAACGGGUCGGCGGCUGGCCCGGGCGCUCAGGCCAUCACGCCAUUCCAGAGCCUGCAGCUGGUGCAUCAGCUGAAGGGGCUGAUCGUGCUGCUCUACAGCAUCGUGGUGGUCGUGGGGCUGGUGGGCAACUGCCUGCUGGUGCUGGUGAUCGCGCGCGUGAGCCGGCUGCACAACGUGACCAACUUCCUCAUCGGCAACCUGGCCUUGUCCGACGUGCUCAUGUGCACCGCCUGCGUGCCGCUCACGCUGGCCUACGCCUUCGAGCCUCGCGGCUGGGUGUUCGGCGGCGGCCUGUGCCACCUGGUCUUCUUCCUGCAGCCCGUCACCGUCUACGUGUCGGUGUUCACGCUCACCACCAUCGCUGUGGACCGCUACGUCGUGCUGGUGCACCCGCUGCGCCGGCGGAUCUCGCUGCGCCUCAGCGCCUACGCCGUGCUGGCCAUCUGGGCGCUGUCCGCAGUGCUGGCGCUGCCCGCCGCCGUGCACACCUACCAUGUGGAGCUCAAGCCGCAGCGCGUGCGUCUCUGCGAGGAGUUCUGGGGGUCUCAGGAGCGCCAGCGCCAGCUCUACGCUUGGGGGCUGCUGCUAGUCACCUACCUACUCCCCCUGCUGGUCAUCCUCCUGUCUUAUGUCCGGGUGUCGGUGAAGCUCCGGAACCGCGUGGUGCCAGGCUGCGUGACCCAGAGCCAGGCCGAUUGGGACCGCGCGCGACGCCGCCGCACCUUCUGCCUGCUGGUGGUGGUCGUGGUGGUGUUCGCCGUCUGCUGGCUGCCGCUGCACAUCUUCAACCUGCUGCGGGACCUCGACCCGCGCGCCAUCGACCCCUAUGCCUUCGGGUUAGUGCAGCUGCUCUGCCACUGGCUCGCCAUGAGCUCGGCCUGCUACAACCCUUUCAUCUACGCCUGGCUGCACGACAGCUUCCGCGAGGAGCUGCGCAAGCUCUUGCUCACCUGGCCCCGGAGAAUUGCACCGCACCGCCAGAGCAUGACAGUCAGCGUGGUCGUCUGA